UCUGUGACAAUCAAGCAAAAUUACACUGUUUUGAAGAUAUGAUCAAUACGAUUAUCUUGGUCAUUUUGGUCCUCUGAAGACCAAAAUUCCCUAAUCCCUUACUGAACCACACACGAUGAGGAAGACACAGACACUAAUGUGUAGAUGGACCAAUCUAUCACAAUACAUGCUUUUGGAUAUGGUUAUUUUUUAGGAGCAUUUAUUUUCAUUUUAUCUCUCUCCGAAUCACUUGUAGAGAUAGACUACCUGAAUUCUUCCCGAGUUUUGAAUGUCCUAAUUAUUUGCAACUUGACAAACUAUGUGCAGAGGAGGAUAUAUUUAAACUCUAUGAGUUCAACUUUUAAAGUUUUUAGUUUUGAACUCAUGAUAUUUUUAUAUUUAUGGGUUCAUAUCUACUAUUUGUUGCAAUUUUAGUGAAUUUUUACACAAAUUUAUGCUCAGCGCCGAAAGUACCGGGUUCAGAUAAACCCGGUACCAAAGGGCUGGAUCUGCCCCUGCUCAUGUGCAUCUGAAUAUGAAAUAUAGUUGACAGAUGAAGAUGCUAUAUUUGCUGUCACCCUUUUUAUUUGUUAUCAAGCUUUAUUUGACUUUAUAUUAUUGUUUUUUCAGGGACGAGAUGUCCUUUCAGUAUUCCCCAAUGUCAGAAGAUUCGGAUGACUCACGAUGCUAUGAACCUUUGACAAUUACCAGCUCCCCCCAAUCUGAGAGCACACCAACUAGUCCAGUCUCACCCUACCGAUAUCACAGACCUUUGAAUGGGUUCUCAUCAGGCCCUCCCUCCACGUCAUACCCGUCAAAUUCCUGCAACUUCCCUCCUGCCACAUCCUCACAGCCUCGUCAACGAGGCUCUGAUUCUGAGGGUCGAUUUCCAUCAUCACCCAGUGACAUAUGCCACUCUGCUGACUUAAGGAGAGCUGCACUUUUGCGAUCUGUGCAAAUGAGGACUCAACCUCUCGGACCAUCAUCAUUUGAGUUGCAACUUAGUCCAGGGCUGGAGCCUAGUCAUAUGGAGACCGAGGACCGGCCUUGUUCCUACAUGAAGUCUUUAGUUGAUGAGAGGGAAUAUAAGAUUGAACAAUGCUCCUCAAUGAGUGUAUCAGCACCCGAAAAUGGGGAGAGUUCUUGUAGAAUUUUGAAUAUGGGGCCGAAAGGAGAUGAACCUGUAGAUUAAACACAAUCCCUGUCUCUGUCCUUAAUGAAUUCAAUUACUGCACUUGUGCACAACUAAAACCUUCAGUAAAUGACUUGUGCACUUUAUGCUCAAAUAGAACAACUUUCAGAAAAUGGGCCUUCGUUCA